AUGGAACCGUCAUUAACGCCUAUAACGACCACUAACGGUACAAAUCACGACCAACAUGCGGAACCUGCGACGACUACAACUACAUUCGAUCCGACCAUAUUCCGCGACUAUUUGACAGCUCUGCUACCACCUGUGAUCGGAGCGUCACUUCAUGAACUGCACUCCUUAUUCGACGACGACUUUGAUGAGCGCGUGGUUAAGUUCGCUGCAGAGGGCGCAGAGGCAAUAUAUAUCGUCAAAGUGAGGGACGAGUCAGAAGACGAGUCUAUUCCACCGACUUAUCAUUUCAUACUUACACCGCAUCUAACGUACCAACCCUCACAUGUCAUGACCGUUGCCCUCAUCAAACGUAGCCAAACGCUUGACUCGACUACCCCGCUCGCAACGCAACUGCAUCUGCUGAAUCUCUUCGGCAGCGACGACACACCGUAUGAAAGCCUGCACGCUGUUGUGAGCCGUGGUGUCAAGCCGUGGUUCGAUGCUUUCGUCGGUGCUCGUGGCCAAGGCAAAGACGGGGACGCGAAGAUGGGCAUACCCAUGACAAAGAAGAAGUUCGCGGAACUUGAAUUAUCACUCCUUCAUCUGCAACAAAACGUCGAAAUCCCUGAAACGCAUCUGGUUAUACACCCAGCGAUACAGCGUGCCGUUGAGCAGGCGCGGGCAGCUGGGUCCGGUUCAAGCAUAUCGUAUAUCCCCCCCAAAUUGCUCAGCGACAGCACGUUCCUCAACUCGCUGCACGGCCAUGUCAAUACGUGGAUCAAAUCAAUACAAUCGGUUACCAAGCUCUCGCGGGAUGUAUCCUCGGGGACCGCGUCACAAGAAAUCAACUUUUGGCUUAGUUUGGAACGGGCAUUGGAAGGGAUUGAAGCUCAACUGCGAAGUGACGAAGUCCAGCUGGUCAUGGACUGUCUUCGCAAUGCUCGACGAUAUCAUGCCACCGUCAGUUUCAUCGCCGACACUGGGCUGAAGGAUGCCACGGAUCUAGUCCAUAAGUACAAUCAACUCAUGAAAGACUUCCCUCUCAACGAACUUUUAUCGGCGACCGACCUCGAUAAAAUACAGGAGUCUUUAUCCCUUAUUUUCUCUCAUCUUACCCGCAAACUCAAGCUAUCCCCAUACCCAAUUCGCCGCGCCCUCCCCCUCGUCGAAGCCAUCUCCCGAGACUUCAAUGACCAGCUCCUCCGUAUACUAACUUCGCACCGUCUGCCUUAUACCCCGUAUGAUACCUUCGAGCGGCUUCUCAACCAGACGAUGAACAUUUUCCGUACGUGGGAUGAUCAGAUGAAGGAGUUUACCAAUGUGGCCCGAGAGGUAACGCGUAAGCGCCUGGAACGAUUCAUUCCCAUCAAGAUCAUUCCGGCGCAUGCCAAAUUGCAAGAACGCUGCCGGUACCUUCGAGAGUGGCGGAAACAGCACGAACAACUCGCGGUGAUGACCGGACCGACCAAGGGUCUGGGCGGUGUCGACGGGGGAAUGGACAUGGAGGAAGAGGUCAAGGAAGCUUAUGAGGUGGUCAAGCGGAUAGAUGUUUUGGAUGUCUCAGUCGAGGGAACAGAAAUCUGGGUUGCUGCGGAGAACGCGUACAACGAGCGCGUGUCACGGGUGGAAAACCAGAUUAUCGCUCGUCUGCGUGAUCGUCUCGGGACAGCUCGCAAUGCCAAUGAGAUGUUCCGUGUCUUCUCCAAGUUCAAUGCCCUCUUUGUUAGACCAAAGAUUCGUGGCGCUAUUCAAGAGUAUCAAACUCAGCUCAUUGACUCGGUCAAAGAAGACAUCAAGCACCUCCACGACAAGUUCAAAACACAAUACAGAUUUUCAGAGGCAUAUCAUAUGUCGCAAAUGCGGGACUUGCCACCAAUUGCCGGUGCAAUAAUAUGGGCUCGCCAAAUCGAUCGUCAACUUCUCACUUACAUGAAGCGUGUUGAAGACGUGCUCGGGAAAGGAUGGGAGCUCUACGCCGAGGGACAGAGACUACAAGGUGACUCAGCAGCUUUCCGUAAGAAGCUCGAUACUCGGCCGGUAUUCGAUGCUUGGUUGCACGAUAUCAACCGACGCAACAUGGGUGUCGACGGUCGGUUAUUUGAGAUCCUUCGACUCAGGGCAACAGGAGGCGGCGUCAGCGGCUACCAGCUAGCAGUGAAUUUCGACCCGCAGAUUAUCACACUUUUCAAAGAGGUCCGGAAUCUGCUUUGGUUGGGCUUCCAAGUGCCGCACACGACGACGAGUUUGGCCAAGGAUGCGAAACGAGUAUACCCUCACGCUGUAAGCUUGAUGGAAACAGUCAGGACGUACGGUCAGACUUUGGACCUUGUGGAGAACAAUAAGGGCAUUGAAUGGUUAGUGGCGGAGUAUCGAAACGAAGCGCAGCACAUGAUUGGAAAAGGUAUGGGCAUCCGUUGGGACCAUUUCGUCAAUCAGUUCAGUGCGGGGUAUGUUGCAACCGCCGACAGCCGAGACAAUCGACAUAUACAGUUCGUCCGCGAGUUCGCCAGUGUUGUAUCCGUUCUCCAGGACAAAACGAACAAUGUCAUCGAUCUCUACAAAGAUAUACUCCGUUCCGUGGAAGACUUGGCAACAUGCUCGUACACGUCUGAGGCCUUCACAGAGCUUCUUGCAAAGAUUCAGGCCGCGAUUGAUCGCUUGAAUUUGGAAGGAUAUGCUAACCUGGAACACUGGGUAGCUGAUCUUGACAAGCGGAUUGAGACCAUCCUCCUCCAGCGACUGACACAGAUCAUACAAACAUGGUGCACAGAGUUCGAUCGAGUCGACGAUGGGGGCUUUCGGCGAGAAACUGUCCCUCGUGAUGCGACAAUCAAACGGAGAGGGGACAAGCGUCUCAAGGAGGAGAAAGUUUUGGAAGGAAACUUGACCCUGGUCCCCAUUGUUCAUGAAAUCAGAAUACAGAAUCAAGUCAUCUUCCUCGAUCCUCCGAUAGAACAUGCUCGCGCGACAUGGAUCAAGCAGUUGCACGAAUGGCUAGGCAUCGUUUGCCGCCUGCGCCGAAUCCAGAGUUCACGGUACGAGAUCGGCCUUCAGAUGCAAGGUCUUGCGGCAGUCGAGACAACAUAUACUUCACUCCUAACAUUGCUGACUGAUAAUACCCUUCAACGACCCUUCGCCCUCAUUGAAGCCAAAGUACAACAGUUGAAAGACUAUGUUGCGAAAUGGCUCCAGUUCCAAUCUUUAUGGGACCUCGAGGCCGAAUACGUGUUCAACCGACUUGGCGACUCGCUCGCCCACUGGCAGCAGCUCCUUACGGAGAUCAAGAAAGCGCGAUCCACCUUCGACACGUCGGAAACGCAGAAAUCCUUCGGGGUUUGCGUGAUCGACUAUGAACAAGUGCAGGCCAGAGUUAACGCGAAGUAUGAUGCAUGGCAAAGAGAUAUCCUUAGUCGGUUCGGUGUCAAGCUUGGCAACGCGAUGAAGGAGAUGCAUGCCUCCAUACUCAAAGCCAGGAAUGAUCUCGAGCAUCACUCAAUAGAAGGUCUGGUCGGUGGCAUAAUCAGUGACUUAGACAUGGCGGCUUUCGCAAAUCUCAUCGAGCAGUCGAUACACAUUGUCUCGGAGUUCACACUCGAGUGCGGGCGAACGCUAAGGGAUGCGCCUGUCGCUUACAAGACAUGGGGGAACUUGAAUGAAAGAAAAGACAAUGUCAUGGUAAUUUGCCAUGCAUUUACUGGAAGUGCUGAUGUCGAAGAUUGGUGGGGACCACUAAUAGGCAUCGGGAAGGCUUUUGAUCCUAGCGUAUACUUCAUUUUCUGCGCGAACGUUCUGGGAUCUCCAUACGGUUCGGCAUCCCCCAUCACCACAAAUCCAGAGACGGGGACUACCUAUGGUCCCGAGUUUCCUGCGACCACAAUCCGCGACGACGUUCGAAUCCACAAGCUCGUCCUCGAUCAUCUUGGCGUCGCCGCCGUUGCUGUAGCCAUAGGUGGUUCCAUGGGCGGGAUGGCGGUUCUGGAGUGGCCACUGUGCACCCCACCAGGCUACGUCCAUCAUAUAAUCCCAAUCGCGACAUCGGCCCGGCACUCUGCUUGGUGCAUAUCCUGGGGUGAAGCACAGCGCCAAAGCAUUUACAGCGAUCCGAUGUAUGAAGAAGGCUACUACACAACACAGCCUGCUUCCGGGUUAGCAGCAGCGCGGAUGAGCGCACUGUUGACAUAUCGCUCUCGCGAUUCGUUUGAAAGUCGAUUCGGCCGAAAGCCGCAGAUUAGCCGUGCAUCUCAAGUAUCCCCGCCUCCUAGAUUUUCCCUACACACUCCGCCAUCACCGAAUGAGGCAAUCGCCGCGCACAAUGAAGGUUCUCGAAACGCCAAAUCGCGUGCAGCCACUCCUCGAGGAGGUUCUCCAGGGGAAUCGGCUCCGCAGAUAUUCUCGGCACAAUCGUAUUUGCGAUAUCAGGGAGAAAAAUUCACGGCUAGAUUUGAUGCCAACUGCUACAUCCAUAUCACCCGCAAGCUUGAUACGCACGACAUUGCUCGCGGGAGAAUUACUCCGGAACCAACUACUGACGAAGAAGAAUCUCUGGCUCUCGCUAAAGUCCUCUCCACUCUUCCGCCCAGAGCUUUGGUAAUCAGCAUUCAAACUGAUGGCUUGUUCACCACCAUUGAACAGCGCGAAAUUGCGGCACACAUUCCUGACGCUGAGCUGGUAUUGAUCCCUUCGCCAGAUGGUCACGACGGGUUUCUGCUAGAGUUCGAGCAGAUUAAUAGUCAUAUCCUGCGGUUCCUCAAGAAGGAAUUUGUCGAACUUUACUCGAGUCGAGAACCUCUUAACGCACAAGUCGAAGGAUUCGCGAUCAAGAAAACAAGUGUCUUCGGGGAGGCGGAGGUCGAUAUCACAAGAUGGUAA